AAAAAAAGGCAAGCGUUGCAGAAAUAGUGAGGUCUGCAAAAGAUGGUGUGAAAGUCUGAUAGAUUUGGUUCACUGAAGGAACAAAGUUUGCAGCUGAUUCGAUCAUACCCAGUAAACACGGGUUGGGGAUUUCUAUCAGAGGCCACUUAGUGUGACUUGAAAAGACACAACUGGAAACAGACAAGUGAACAGGACAGGUGGUCAGGUGCCAUUCACAAGCUGUGGAACUCCUUCCUUUGACAGGGGGGGCUUCCCUCCCAGUGAGGGGUACGUUACUGAAACAGCUGCCCAGGCAAUGUCCCAGUAUUCCUGUGGUGAUAUCACACACUAUUGAAAGGGAUCUUCACAGCAGGAGCUUGUUCCAAAGAGAAACAAAGUCUGUUCUUGGUUAAACUCAGCAUCUCUGUGAUCCCGGCUGGGAUAAGUAAUAAAUUGGCUUUUGGGGCCCACAUAUCAGCCUUGGAAAGGUGUUUCACAGAACCUGGUGGACACAUUGCAAUGCCUUGGAGACGGGGCACACUUUAAGGAACAAGAUUUUUAUCCAGGAUCACCUGAUGAUGCCACACAGAAUUAAUUAGAAAAGACCUCUGGGAUCAUCGAGUCCAAUCGGUGACAGAACACCACCCUGCCACCCGAGCACGGCACUCAGUGCCAGGUCCAGCCUCCCUUAAACAGCUCCAGGGACAGUGACACCGCCACCUCCCUUGGCAGCCCCUUCCAUCGUCCAGUCACCAGUUCUGCCAAGGAAUUCCUCCCAAUAUCCACCCUAAAGCUCCUCUGGCGCAGCAGGCCGGUAGCAGGGCAGUCAGGACUGGAAGCUUUCCCUGCAGACCCCAACUGUUCGUGACCAUCCCAAACACGCCCGCUUCUCCCGUUACCGCCCGCCGGUCGCCAUGGCAACGGACGCUGCGCGGGGCAUCCCGGGCCGCAACACAACGCUGCGGGAAAACCCGGCCGGGCGCCGCGCCGCAGCCAAUGGGCGCUCGGGGACCGGCAGCGCUGGCCAAUGGGCGCCCGGGAGGCGGUGCCGGUGGCCAAUGGGGGCGGUCGGCGCGCAGGGGGCGGGGCAGAGCGCUGUGAGGCGCGCACGGGCAGAGCGCAGCUCCCGCAGCGCUGGUGCACGGCAAUCAUGAGUGAUCGAAAGGCAGUGAUCAAAAAUGCGGACAUGUCAGAGGAGAUGCAGCAGGACUCGGUGGAAUGUGCAACUCAAGCCUUGGAGAAAUACAACAUCGAGAAGGACAUCGCUGCUCACAUAAAGAAGGAAUUUGACAAGAAAUACAAUCCCACUUGGCACUGCAUCGUGGGAAGGAAUUUUGGCAGCUAUGUGACUCAUGAGACCAAGCACUUCAUCUACUUCUACCUCGGCCAAGUCGCUAUUCUUCUUUUCAAGUCUGGCUAGACCCAUGGACUGUUACUGAAACUUGCACCUGGGGACAGGACUGCACACUGAUUCCCACCUUCAGCCUUCCUGGGGAAACACAUCUUGAUCUUCAGGUCUUGUAUUGUGUUGUUAAUGGUCAGGGAUUUUGCUGUAGCGGCUGGUAUUUCCAUUGUGGCUAUAUAGAAAAGCAAAAAUGUCUUCCUUGUAUUUAUUUUCUUUCAAAAGAUGGCUUCUUUGCUAAUAAAACCGUUGGAACAAGUUUA